UCUCCAGGCGGAGGCUUGAGUGAAAUCUUUCCUUGGUCUGGAUUUUUUUUGGAGAGGAUGCGUGAUUUCAUUAUGAAGGAAGAAGUCGUCGCUGGCAUUUACGGGAUCGAGACCAGGUUCCCCUUCUUAGACCCCAUAGUGGUCCAAGAGUUUCUCUGGCUCUCUGCUGAGGUGAAGUUAAGAGGAACUCUUAGUUGUACUAGUCUAUGCACUUAGUAGAAUCACUUUGGUUGUGCUAGUCUGCCGGUUGCUUACAUACUCGUCUCCCUUGUCAGCGUUGAAUCAAUGACUCACCACCAUACAACCUGCGCGAUUUUCUAGGAAAGUGAGCCUCAUCUAAUGCACCAUACCAGGCAGAUGUGGAGCCCGUGUUUUCUAGACGUUCUUAAAAUUUGGAAGAAAUUUUUAUACCUCAUGCUAGUCAGGCGGCUUCGGCUCCAAUAGUAUGCACUUUUAAUCACUUUGGUUGUGCUAAGCUCCUAUAUGUGCAUGGGGUAUCUGCUUAAAUAAUAUAAUUACUUUGGUUCUUGUCUGCUCACUUUCGGCAGUGUUUUAUAUGUAUUUUAUAUAUUAGAGCCGUUUUUUUCAAUAUGUCUAUGACGCAUCAAGAAUUUGCCAUCAUCUAUCAUCAAAAAUUUUUGGGCAUGAUCUAGCGCUCAUCUAAUUCGAAACUCCGAGUACAAACGAGUAAUGAGCGAAGACAUGCGGGAAGCGAAGUACCCCUUCAUUCCUGGCAAAUUGGGUUUUGCGGUCAUCGAUCAUGAUGAAGAGCAUACAGGUAUUAAAAUUAAGGCUUCAGUUCUUGGCAUUCGAAAUUAAGGACGUUGGCAGUUCAAAUUCAUUGUAGUUCUGGUAGAUUUUGUCAUUUUCUUUUCCACAUGCAUGGAAGAUAUCUGUAUCAUUUUGAUCUCUUCGCUUGCUUAUCGCCUAGGAAGGUCAGCUGUUUACAACAACCAUCCAUACAGUAUCGAUUGGUGUAAAGGUUGUUUUUCUGCAGCUUCUUAGAAAAAUUUUGAAUAUGUUAAUCGUUUUAUGUAGCCUGCGGAAUAAAACGCUCUUUUGUUUCUGGCAGAAGAAAGAGCCUGAGGACAGUUCAUGUCCAUCUGAAGUCAUUACUUUAUCGGUGACCCUUAAAGCAUCUCUCAUUCAUCCACCUAUCAUUGUGAAUAUGUCUUUCCUGGUUUCGGCCAGUUACUUUGUUGUUUCCUUUGUUUUGCCUUCUCGAAAUCGAAUCUCAAGUGUAGAAUUUCAAUUCGGCGGAUCUGCGGUUUUUGUCCCGACAAAAGCCUCGGAUCUCCCUCUGCUUCUGUUUCGUAGCGGGCCAUGCCUUUCCACUUGUCGUUGGUGAUGCGCGCUCUUCCGUGCGCCGCGCUUGGCGUGUUUCGUUUUUACCUGCCUCUCGGAGGUUUCCGCUUCGUUGGGCUGGCGCACGCUGGUGUCUCACACGUUUGUUAGUGCGGCUUGCUGGUGUUCUAUUCAUAUCGGGAUUGAUCACUAUCGCCAGCUAUAUUCAGAUCGGGAUUGACUAUUCAGAUCGGGAUAGAUGGAAGUUUGCCAUAGUCCAUCGACUUCACAUUCAUUCUUGUGCUAUCUUUGAAUGCCAGUGUUCCACACUAAAACAGGCUGCCGCCUAUUUGCUUCUUCUCGUCUGUGACAUUCGAACUUCUGCGUUACCUCUCCUGCUUGAGCGUUCUUUUGUUGAGGCUUCAGCACUGGUUAAAAACUUUCUGAAGAAUGAAAGUUUGCCAUAGUAAGUACAUCGACUUCAUAGUUGUGAAAAGUUCCUGGUCUACCUCUAAUUUCAACCUCCCAACAUCGCUGGACGAGGAGGCAGAAUUUUUUGCAAUCGAAGGCGAUGCACCAACCAUUCACGACCCUAGAGUACUAUCCGCCAAGAGGGUCGGUCGUGGAGAUGAAAUUUUUAUUUCCUCACUUCUUGACGACAAGGACUUGAACUCGGGCUCGUGAGCACUAGUAAACUCAAUAGCGAAAAAAACGCAAGCGAGCAGCAGAAUGAACUCUUCUAUGUCGUGAUCUAUCAUAU